GAAGCAGAGCUGUGCGGCCGGGACGCCGCCGUGGAGCCCCCGCCUCCUUGCCUCCUGGCCGCUGCGUGGGGAACCUGGAUCGCGGCGGCGCCGCGUUCCCCUGAUGCUCCCCGGCGGGCGGCGGCGGCGGCGGCGGCAGAGGCGGCAGGAGGAUGACCUCUCCCCGGGAGCGAGGCGCCGACCUGGCCCGUUUCUACACUGUCACCGAGCCCCAGCGACACCCGAGGGGGUACACAGUGUAUAAGGUCACCGCCCGGGUUGUUUCACGAAGAAAUCCAGAGGAUGUCCAGGAGGGAGAAUCCUGAACCAACCUAUCCAUGAACAUACUCUCUGCCAUUUCCUUAAUCCUUUUUUGGGGAACACUCUUUUAUAAUAACAACUGUUGGUGACUCAUUCAUCAGAAAACUCUUAUAAUUGUAUGGAAGAGAUACAGUGAUUUUAAGAAACUACAUAAAGAACUAUGGCAAAUUCACAAAAACUUAUUCAGACAUUCAGAAUUGUUUCCUCCAUUUGCUAAAGGAAUAGUGUUUGGUCGAUUUGAUGAAACUGUUAUUGAAGAGAGAAGACAGUGUGCUGAAGAUCUGCUACAGUUCUCUGCCAAUAUUCCAGCUCUUUACAACAGUAAACAGCUUGAAGAUUUUUUUAAGGGUGGAAUAAUUAAUGAUGGUUCUGAAUUGAUUGGUCCUGCUGAAGCUCACUCGGAUUCCUUCAUUGAUACCUUUCCUGAGUGUAGUACAGAGGGCUUCUCCAGUGACAGUGAUCUGAUAUCUCUUACUGUUGAUGUGGAUUCUCUUGCUGAGUUAGAUGAUGGAAUGGCUUCCAAUCAGAAUUCUCCCAUUAGAACUUUUGGUAUCAAUGUUUCUUCGGAUUCUUCAGCACUAGGGGCUGUUGCUUCUGAUAGUGAACAGAACAAAACAGAAGAUCGGGAAAGUCGUAGCCUCUUUCCUGGGAGCUUAAAAUCCAAGCUUGGCAAGAAAGAUUAUUUGGAGAAAGCAGGAGAAUUAAUAAAACUGGCAUUGAAAAAGGAGGAGGAAGACGACUAUGAAGCUGCUUCUGAUUUUUAUAGAAAGGGAGUUGAUUUACUCCUAGAAGGUGUUCAAGGAGAGUCAAGCCCUACCCGUCGAGAAGCUGUGAAGAGAAGAACUGCAGAGUACCUCAUGCGGGCAGAAAGUAUCUCUAGUCUUUAUGGAAAACCUCAGCUUGAUGAUAUACCUCAGGUUUUACUUAUAAUGGACACAAGGACAGAACAGACAUUCAUUUUAAAAGGUCUAAGGAAAAGCAGUGAAUACAGCAGGAACAGAAAGACCAUCAUCCCCCGCUGUGUGCCCAACAUGGUGUGUCUGCAUAAGUACAUCAUCUCUGAGGAGUCGGUAUUUCUUGUGCUGCAGCAUGCGGAAGGUGGCAAACUCUGGUCACAUAUCAGUAAAUUUCUAAACAGAAGUCCUGAAGAAAGCAUUGACAUCAAGGAAAUAAAAAAAUCUUCACUUACCAAAGUACACCUUGAACAGCCAACUUCUAGUCCACAGGACAGUAGCAGCUUUGAAUCCAGAGGAAGUGAUGGUGGAAGCAUGCUUACAGUUCUACCUUUGAAGACUAGUCUUACUCCAAGUUCUCAAGAUGAUAGCAACCAGGAAGAUGAUGGCCAGGAUAGCUCUCCAAAAUGGCCAGAUACUGGUUCAAGUUCAGAAGAAGAAUGCACUACUAGUUAUUUAACAUUAUGCAAUGAAUAUGGGCAAGAAAAGAUUGAACCAGGGUCUUUGAAUGAAGAGCCCUUCAUGAAGACUGAAGGAAAUGGUGUUGAUUCCAAAGCUAUUAAAAGCUUCCCGGCACACCUUGUUACUGACAGUGACAGUCCCAGCACUCAGCUGAGAGCUCAUGAGCUGAAGUUCUUCCUGGAUGAUGACCCAGAAGCAGUUAGUUCUCCAAGAACAUCAGAUUCCCUCAGCAGAUCGAAAAACAGCCCCAUGGAAUUCUUUAGGAUAGACAGUAAGGAUAGCACAAGUGAACUCCUGGGACUUGAUUUUGGAGAAAAAUUGUAUAGCCUAAAAUCAGAACCUUUGAAACCAUUCUGUACCCUUUCAGAUGGAAAUGGCACUUCCAGGAGUUUUAAUACUAGUGAAAACAAGAUAGAAUUUAAAAUUCAGGACACCAUUAGCAGGGGCUCAGAUGACUCAGUACCAGUUAUUUCAUUUAAAGAUGCUGCUUUUGAUGAUGUCAGUGGUACUGAUGAAGGAAGACCUGAUCUUCUUGUAAAUCUACCUGGUGAACUGGAGCCAACAAAAGAAGUUGCAGCAAUGGGACCUACUAAGUUUACACAGACUAAUAUAGGCAUAAUAGAAAGUAAACUUUUGGAAGCUCCGGAUGUCUUAUGUCUCAGGCUUAGUACUGAACAAUGCCUAGCACAGGAAGAGAAAAGCACAGAGGAACUGAGUGAUUCCUCUAGGCCGAAAUCCCAUAGUCUGACAGAGAAACACUAUGCACAGGAGGAUCUUGGGAUGUUAUUUGUAGCAGCUGUUGAUCAUAGUAGUUCAGGAGACAUGUUGUUACACAGCUCAGAUCCUAAGUUACAAGAGCUUGGAGUAGUUGAGUCAGCUGUAACUGCAAACAACACAGGAGAAAGCGUAUUCCAUAUUUCUAAGCCUCUCUCAGGUGCUAAUGAAUAUAUUGCAAAUACAGACACCUUAAAAACAGAAGAAGUGUUUCUAUUUACAGAUCAAGCUGCUGAUUUGGCUAAAGAGGAACCAACUUCUUUUUUCCAGAGAGACUCUGAGACUAAGGGAGAAAGUGGGUUAGCACUAGAAGGAGACAAGGAAAUACAUCAGAUUUUUGAGGACCUUGAUAAAAAAUUAGCACUAAACUCCAGGUUUUACAUCCCAGAGGACUGCAUUCAAAGAUGGGCAGCUGAAAUGGUGGUAGCCCUCGAUGCUUUACAUAGAGAGGGAAUUGUGUGCCGCGAUUUGAACCCAAACAACAUCUUAUUGAAUGAUAGAGGACACAUUCAGCUAACGUAUUUUAGCAGGUGGAGUGAGGUUGAAGAUUCCUGUGACAGCGAUGCCAUAGAGAGAAUGUACUGUGCCCCAGAGGUUGGAGCAAUAACGGAAGAAACUGAAGCCUGUGAUUGGUGGAGUUUGGGUGCUGUCCUCUUUGAACUUCUCACUGGCAAGACUCUGGUUGAGUGCCAUCCAGCAGGAAUAAAUACUCACACUACUUUGAACAUGCCAGAAUAUGUCUCUGAAGAAGCUCGCUCACUCAUUCAACAGCUCUUGCAGUUCAACCCUCUGGAACGACUUGGUGCUGGAGUUGCUGGUGUUGAAGAUAUCAAAUCUCAUCCAUUUUUUACCCCUGUGGAUUGGGCAGAACUAAUGAGAUGAAUAUAAUGCAGGGUUAUCCUUGCACAUUCUCAUCUCUGUGACAGGCAUCACCAGCACAGAGGCAGCCCUGCCUCACAGCUGCAUAUGGAGCACCAAAGCAUUUGGAUUAGGAAAUGGGAAAAGGCCAAAAGAGAACAAUUCAUUUAUUCUGUUACUGUCUAGACAAGAUAUUAACUAAUUUUGCCAGGGGCUGUUACUUAAUACCAAGGUAUGACCUUAAUUUAAUCUACAUUUAGUAUUGCAGAUGAAUUGUAAACACAACUGGAAGAGUUUCUUCUUCAAGAAGUUCCUCUGAUAUGAAGCUCUAAGUGUAGAAUUAAAUUUUAUUUGAGGGAAGGACCUUUACAUGGCAGCUAACAGAACUUUCUGCUAACCAGGAUUGGUUUAUGUGAUCAAGUUAAUAUUUGCUUAAUAAUAUACUAAAAGUGCUUCAUGAACAAUGUCAUAUAUGGAGCUUAAAAAUGAGAAAAAAAAGAAUAUACAUAUAAUGUCUGACAGAAAAUCUGUACCAUGAUGCUGUAUAAUUAAUGUAUGUUGAAUGUGGUCCCACAUUACUUCUGAGAAGAACACGCUCCAUGUCCUCAGCUUUGUAUACUGUUGGCUGAUACUGCAUAUUUAGAGAAGAGUUCAUCUGAAUCCUCUCUCUUCAGCAUCAUCUUUCCAUUUCCUGCACCCUUUGCUUAUUCUGUCAUAUUCUAUUCUUCCUACUCUUGCUAACACACAUGCAACAAAAAAGGGAAGGGAGUCUUAAUUUUCCCAAAUUGUAUCAACCUUAUAAGGACUAAGAAGUCAUGCUGUAAAAUAAACAUGGCAAAACAUUA